UGGUGAUUAUGAAGCUGAAAUAGUUGCUUACAUAUGCCAUGAAACAUCCACGAUAAUAACAAGGUAUCAAAGGAAGUCUCGCCUGCUGCUGCUGGUGUGGUAAUCCAAACAGAUCGAAUUUCAAAGUCUGUGCAUGAAAUUUUCUCCCUGCAAACUGAUGAUGGUAAUGUAACUAAGCUGGGCAGUGAAAAUUUAUCGGAAGCAGUAAAAGACUCACAUCAGAUUGUACUAUCAGAAGCAGACAAAAGUACUUUUCAAAAGAGAAGGAAGAGGAAACCUAGUUCUGCAGUAAGAACCGAGGAGGAUAAACAUACUAAGAAAAUCAGAGAUAGGUAUUCCCAUGAAUGAUCCCUUGGCUAUAAUGAGGAGAAAAAUGACUUAGCUUUGACAUCAGAGCAGGUAAACUCGAGCAUGUUAAGCAAUUUAUCGCGAAAAAAGAUCGAUUCGUUUAGUGAAGUCAGUCUUGCAAAAUAUGGUCAGUCAAAGAAGAAAAAGAGCAUGAUUAAUCAGCACAAGGAAGACCUUGAGUUUUCAUUGACAUUAAAAGGAAAAUCUUGAAAAUGAAGGAGAGAGGACAUGAUGCUCCCAAGAAGACAGGUAAAACAGUUAUUGCUGGAUCAGGAAAGGUGAUUGGCGACACAAACAAAGAAGAAAAACAUCAGCUUUCGCCUAUGGAACUGUUUGCAAGGAAAGAAAGUAUUUCCCAUAAAUAUGUACAGAAAGAUGCUGCCCAAAAGGUCAGGGAAUUUCCUAUGUCUAAACCUUCAAAAGCCAAUUUAGAAAAGGAUAAGAUAUCUAUUAAGAAGAAGUCGAGAACGCCCCGAGUCGAUUUCGGGGAACAGUUAGUCCAUUUAAGGAUACAAGUCUGGUGGCCAAAUGGAUGA